CACACAGAACACCUAAAGCUGAGUAGAAGUAGGAAGGGUAAGAUAGCAGCACAAUUCUGCAGCCUGAUCUGAGCAUGUCUGCUCCAGGUACUUCAGAUGAAAUUUUUCAGUGGUUCAGAGGCGAAAAAAUAAAUAUUUCUUAUGCAAUUAAAGAUACUUUCCCUUUUCUCUAUCUCCUACGAGACAAGAAAAGAAUAUCCGAAGAAGAUUUUAAGAAAUGGUGUGAUAAGGUAAUUGCACAACCAAAUGAUAUUUCUAAAGUGGUAUACGAUGUCCUUGAGAGCAUUCAGACCAAUGUGUUAGCAAUAAAGGAGAUCUUCUGCAAGGAGAACCUGGAAGCAUAUCAAAAUUUACAGCCAUUAUACGAAAGCCUAGAAAAUGUUCUCCAGCAUGCUCAGAAUAGUCCUGUCGCAGUACCUGGGAGCAGCAAAGUACUCCAGGGAGAAAUGAAGAAACCUGCGUCCCCUGGGGAGCAACAAAGAAAAGGCAUGCAGAAUAAUGAAAUACAAGAUUUGAGUGUUGAGGUCCGAACACUGAAAGUACGCUGUGGAAGAAGUAAAGGUGUUUUCUAUAAGAAAAGAUUCAUAGCAGGAGAGUCACGGAAAUGUAUCAAGGAUCCCGAUGGAAAAUGGUUCACACCAUCAGAAUUUAAGGCUAAAGGAGGAUAUAAAAGUUCAAAAGGCUGGAGAAGCUGUAUCCGCUGUGUUGGGAUUUCCUUAGAAGCAUUAAUAAAGUGGGGAGAAAUACUGAAGCCACAACCGGAAUCCUCAAGAAUGUAGAAGUGACAGGUGUUGUUUCUUCUUCUCCAUUUCAGCCAGAUGACCUGUGUGCUGUGUGUGCUGUGAGGAGAGAGGUCACUGAUACACUGCAAUUCAUGUCCCAGAUCUUUUCAGGAAGAUUGUUGAGAAAAAGUUGACAGGCGAUGGUAAAAUAGAACUAAAUCAAGCAAUGGUCUACAUAUAUAUCAAAGUGAAUGCUAUGAUAUCUUCUCCCUUUAGGGUUUCAGUAGAUGGAAAAGUAGUGGAAGAUAAAUUUGUUAAGAAAUUUUGGGAAGUGUUUUCUAUUCUGUAAGCAAUUUCUUACGUUCCAUCUUCACACUUGUGAGCCAUCCACCCCAAAAGGUGCUAACUUGCUUGCUGUUUUUAAAACCUCUUAACUUUACCCUAUGCUUUCAUUUUAAAUUUAAGUGCUUAUGACCCAGAUAGACUGAAAACUUAGCAGUAACCUUGAUACCAAGCCAAAAUGUCCUUAGCAACUCUGUUUAGUGACAGCAUAAUUGAAAGGAUGUGUAUAUGUGUAUGCAUUUGGAGGGUUUUUUUGUUUGUUUCCACGGGCUAAGAACGAAAAAUUGAGCUUGGGGCUGGUAAAUGAGAGGUGUGAAGAAUCAAGCUGGAACUGUGAUGCAAGCAAAUCUGGACUUUGCUGCUUGCACUGGUCUCAUGAAACAAGGAGAGGACAACAUUAGGACAACCCUGGAUUUGGCCAAUGGAUUUUGCUGCUUUUGCAACAUUAUGGCAUUCUAGAUCCUGUUGGAGAGGAUGUUGCUUCCCAUCUUUGUCUAUGUAAAACUUCUGUCUCACUGCCAUUUGUCAGAAGGCUACACAGCAAACCUCUAUAGACAGGACCAGGGCUAGACAUUUUGACACCUGAGGCAAACCACCAAAUGGUGCCCCCCACCCCCUGGCCAGGGAAGAAGGGGUGAGUGAAGAUGUACACCAGGAACAAGUGGGGAAUAAAUAUUGACAUUGGGAUCUGCUACGCCUAUGGAUCCUGCCGCCCGAGGCAGUCAUCUCACCUGACCUCGUGGAUGGGCUGGCCUUGUCCAUAGCGGCAAUUGUGUCUGCAAAACCUUCUCAUGCCUCAGUCUUUUUCUAUUUUUGCUUGUUGCAAGGAUCACUGGCCGGGAUUCUUUGUAUGUAUAAGUAUCACUCCAUCCUUGGUAUGUGUAUGGAUUAGGGUUAGUCUGCUUAGAUAGGAUGACUCCUUCAUUCAAAUUUUUAUUUACCGUUUUCCAGGGUAAAUCUCCACAACAGAAAGGAUGCCCAGUCUGUAAAUGUUUGAUCAGGAAAUAAAGCUUUUCAACUUUA